AUGGUGGAACUUUGCGAAUUGCACAUAAUUCCCGACGACGAUCAAUGGCCAGAUGACAUCGAUUCGCGAAUCGCUGCUCUCAACUUCGGCGGCGACUCAGUGCUCUUCGAAUCAUUCAUCGAUCCCUCCACAGUCUCCACCGAUUCUCUCGAUUCGGAAAAAUUUCGCGAGUUGAGUCAAGUCAAGAAGGAUGAUUUUCAAUUAGCGUUCGCUGAUUCGGGACAUUGGCAGAGUGGAAUUCACGAGACUCUGACGACGUGGGGACGAAUACGAAGUUCAGAACCUCUUGAUGAGCGAACGGCUAGUGCACCCAAUGUUUUGACUAAGAUGAGCAAUGCAACGAAUUCGUAA